UACUUGGUGUCAAUUCCCUGUGGUUCGACCCUAUUGCCACUAUCUGCAAAUUUAUUUGUUGAUUGAUAAUAGGUUAUUUUUAACGGCUUCGACAACCGCUUAUCAGGGACACAAUCAGGGAAAUGCUCCUCAUGGUGAUGGACCUCUUUAUGGAGGUUGACGCCUGUGACCAGUCUCUCCGGGACACGGUGGAUCGCCGGAUUGAGGAGGCGCAACAUGAGGAGAACCUUAUCGCGACCAAUGAUGCUCGGGGCCAUCUUGCCGCAGUCCAAGAGCAUCUGAAGAGCUUACAGGGGGAACUAUCUUAUACCCAAGAUGCUCUCAGGAGGGCUGAUGAGAGGGCAGCUGCGGCAGAGGUUAGUCGUGACGAAGUCUUGGAGCAGCUGUCCUCCCUAGAGGAAACCCGACAAGAGAGGGACGAGGCUGUGGGCCAAAGGAAUGAGGUCUAGCUUCAGUAUGAGGCGUUGAAAGUAGAUUAUGAUGGGGCUCAAGUCCAAUGCGAUACCGUGAUGGCUCAAAAGGAUGAAACCCUAGCUCGAAUAGUCGUUCUCGAGCAAGAGCUGAGCAGGUGUGCUGAUAAUCUUAAAGACCUGACUUUGGCAGCAGAGGACUCAAAGCUUCAGAAUCAGCAACUCUGCCAAGAAGUUAAGGCUUUGGAAAGGAGGUGUUCAGCCCUGCUUGAGGAUGCAAAGCUUGCUAAAGAUAGGGUCCAGUUGGCGUGUGAGGAGCGUCUGUAGGAAUACAAGGGGUCUGCUGAGUUGAGGGCAGAGAUCGAUCAGGCCUGCCAGAGAUUUUUACUGGAAUAUAAGGGCUCCUCGGAGCUGAAAGCAAAGAUAGAGGAGGCCUGUAAGGCACGACUUGCCGAAUUUAAAGCUUCUGAUGGCCUGAAACAUGAGAUAUGGAACAUGAGUUUCCGCAUGUUUGCCUCUGGGUUCAAUCGAGGCCUGAAAGAAGCCAGGGAUGCCCCCUCCACCCCACUAGCUCAACUCCGAUCCCCUGAAGUGGACUCUGAUGGUGAGGAGGUGUGUUAUAGGGAGGAUGACAACCCCCUGCCUAAAAGAGCUUCUCGCACCGCAACUGGACCUCUUAAAGGGGAUGCUGAGCUUGAGGGAGGAGAUGAAAAAGAGAGCGGCGAGUCUUAGGAGGGCGAUGCCAGGCCUCAAGGGGAGGAAGCCGAGUUCCAGGAAGAAGGCAUCAGACCUCGAGGAGGGGAGAUAGUGCCCUUCGUGGGUACCAGGGGGUCAGAGCAGGAGGGUACUGGGCUCCCCCAGGAUAAUGGUGUAGGUGACAAUGUAAAUGAUGAUGUAGUUAGUAAUGUAAAUCCUCUACAGACAAUCUUUCCUCCUAUAAUUUUAGAUGAUUCGAUAAAUUUGUAACUUUUCUUUUGCUUAAUGAGAUCUGACUUUUAUUUGUAUUUAUACUUGAAUUAUUUUUGCUCUUGUCUGUUUUUUUGGUUUUACUGAGCUGUUUAAUCUAUUAAAGGCCUAAUUUGUUUCUCCUAUCUGUAAGCUUUUUCUGGUUUGAUUUAUCUUAAGGAUAAAAGCGCCAUAUGUUCACUCAGUAAUUUUUUAAAGAAUUCAGCUAUACUAGGCUGACCAGCCUUGUUGCCAAUCUUUUCGCCCUUGAGUUAAUCCAGGCUAGGAUUCUAGUAAUUGACUAAACUUCUAACUUGUGAGUUUUUCUAAUCUUGCGAAGGCAUUCCUGUUUUUUAUUUCGUUGAUUCAUCAGUAAUGCGAGCUCGGGUGCAUAAUUUUCAUAUAAUCAAAGUAGGUUAGAUCAUGUACCUUAUUAGAAUGAUGAGCUUGUCUUCUUGGAUUUGUUUUCUGUCCUAUGUUGAGUGGAAUUGAGGUUGUGGCGUUGCUUGUCUGUUCAUGCCUUCGAUUUCUUCUUGCUCUUCCAUCACUUGGUUCCUCCGAGCUCAGAUCUGUGUAUUUUAGUUCGGGGUUUAGCCCUUUCAGGCCUGCUUUGUUCCUUUCCGAUUUUUAGACUUGCUUGAAGUUUUGAGUCCUUUUCGCCUUGCCACCGCUUCAAGGCCUUUUGGCCUUGCUCGGAUUUAGGUUCUUCGCUGGUUUUGGGUGUCGAGGUUAUUUUGGAGCCCUGUCACCUACCUCACUGAGGUCUUGAAUAAGAUUGAGGCACUAUUGGCCUUACUGUCGCUUCAUCAUCUCAGCAGAUUUUACGGUGCCGGGGUCAUUUUGGAGCCUUGUCACCUACCUCACUUUUGGCACUUUUGGCCUUACUAUCGCUUCAUCAUCUCAUCCGGUUUUGCGGUGCCGGGGUCAUUUUGGAGCCCGGUCACCUACUCACUGAGGUCUUGAACAAAAUUCAGGCACUUUUG